UCUCUCCAUCCUUAAAGGUGCAGCCAUUAGUUCUCUGCAGCCCACUUGUUGUUGACUCCUGCACAAGCAGCUGGACCCCUCGGAGCUGACGGCCAUGAGGCUGGGACUGGCGGCUCUCCUCUGCUUCUUCAGCGCCGUGCCUCUGUGCGACUGCGCUCCUCCGACCUGCUACUCCAGAGCGCUCAACCUGAGCAGCGAAAUCAUGACCCUGCUGGAUAAGAUCCACACCUUCCACCGCACCAAAGCGUGUGCGGAGGUUCUACCGGUCAUCCACAUUGACGUGCAUAACGCAUGCAUCUCCAACAAGCUGCGGGACCUUCUCUACGUGGUGCUGAACCAUCCCAGCCCAAGCUGCAGGGAGAAGCCCAGAAUGGUCCAUCUGAAACGCAAAGUCCAGAACCUGUACACCAUCAUCACCAGGAUUUGCUACCGAGACUUGGUGUUUUUCACAGACGACUGUGAGGCCAUCGACACUGGACGCAGCAGCCCAAACCUAGGAGAAGACAGGCUGCAGUUGUUGCAGGAGGACAGAUGAGACAGUCUACAAUCAUACUUUAUAUAUAUAUAUAUAUUCACAGAUAUCCGUAGUAUCCAAAUGUUAGAGCAGUGAAAGCAUGUAUAUGUCACCGAGGACAGGCCUGUUUCAUGUCCUGCAUGUCAGCGGACGCGUGUGGCCACAUUCCUGCAAGCCAGCGGAGAACUUUCCACAGGAAAUUAGCUGAAUGCCGGCCAUGCCGACGAAAACCUUGAAACAAUAAACCGGAACGACAAUAUGCUGGCAUGUGCCGCCUGGCCUGCUGCUUAUUUACCCGGGCGGAUCAAAGGUUUGCAGGCACGGCGUCCUGUAAACAUCUGAAGGCUUGUACGCGUUGGGUAUAUUGAAGUCCUGCUUGUAUGGUAUGCAGCUCUCUCUCUCUCUCGUACAGUUUGUAACUUUCUGAAGGUUACUGUGUAAACUUCGUAUCAAAGGUGUUCCGAUGCUUUUGCUGCUUUGUUUUGAAUAUGAGGUAUAAGGACUCCGAAAUUUAAAGCAUCCCUUAACUUUAUAUGCUAACAAUCAGUAUGUUAUUCCCUCAAAGUAAUAAAAAUGUUCUUUUCCUAU